CACACCUCUGAACUGAUCAGCCAGGAAGCCCGAUACAAGAGCCAACUGGUGGACGAACUAAAAUAAGGAAGGAGAUGGUCACUGAGCACCUACUGAACUUUGUUGACUACCCUUGAUGAAUUAAAGUUACCAGCACCAAUGAACUACCUUCUCAGGGUUCAUGAUGGUGCCAUGGACUGGUCCGAUUCUGUGCAUGCUGCUGCUGGCUGUGUUGUGCCACUGUGAGCCCACUCGUUCCACAGAGGAUUUGCAACCAUUACUACCCAAGGGGGCUUGCACCAACUGGAUGGGAGGUGCCCCAGGCCACCCUGGGUACAACGGGGCUCCAGGUCGGGACGGUAGAGACGGCAUCAAUGGUGAGAAGGGGGAGAAAGGCGACACAGGUCUGCUGGGUCCCAAGGGUGAUGCUGGUGAUGCAGGCGUUCCGGGGGUUGAAGGUCCCAGGGGAUUUCCUGGACUUCCAGGGAAGAAAGGGGAACCCGGAGAGGCAGCCUACAGGUACCGCUCAGCCUUCAGUGUUGGGCUGGCCACCCGAGACCCAGUUCCCAACGUCCCCAUCCGCUUCACCAAGAUUUUCUACAAUGAACAGAACCACUACGAUGUCACAACUGGCAAGUUCCGCUGUAAUUUCCCGGGCUUGUACUAUUUCUCCUACCACAUCACAGUAUAUAUGAAGGAUGUGAAGGUCAGCCUCUUCAAGAAGGACAAGGCGGUCAUAUUCACCUAUGACCAAUUCCAGGACAAAAAUGUCGACCAGGCUUCGGGCUCUGUACUCUUGUACCUGGAGUCUGGAGAGGAAGUCUGGCUCCAGGUGUAUGGGGAUGGGGGGCAAAAUGGGCUCUAUGCAGAUAACAUCAAUGACUCCAUUUUCAGUGGUUUCCUUCUUUAUCAUGAUGUCGACCAAUCAUGACCUCAGAGAAUCCACUCAAGAGUCUGACUUGAGACGAUCUAAAUUUUCACAACUCUGAUCUCCAAUACACAAGAGUCUGGCUUUAUUUUCUAACUGGAGACACUGAAUUCAUUCAUUCAUUCAAUACAUUUUGUGAUUCCCUGCAUUUACUAGGUGCCCAGCCCAGUAUCAGGUGUUGUUGGACAGACAAGUAAGGGAUGAGACAAGCCUUGUAGUCUCAUGGGAAUCUUACAGUUUGAUUGAGGGGGAUCGAGGUUCAAACACAUUUUAAAGAAUCACUUUGAGGCCUCUUUCUAAUAUUAAAUGUUUUCUCUUCUUCACAAUGGGCAUAUCUAAAAAGCACCAUCACGAAUAAUGUUCUUCCCUAACAACUCCCCUUUCAGAGAAGGUAGUUUAAUUCUCCCAUUAGGUCAAAAAAUUUUAAAGAGAAUUGGUCUCUUUCCACUUAGUAACCUUUUUUUCCCUAUCUACACCUGCCAAACUCCCCAGAGGCAGAUUCCCCUCCUCAGGAUAAUGGAUUGAGAUUAAGAAAAGUCUUAGAAACCACAAAUCUAAUCACCUUCUUUUACAGACCAGGAGCUCAAUUUGCUUGGCUCAUUCUUUUCUAAGAUUUUUCACUAAAGUAGAAGCUAGAUGGCGUUCUAUAAGUGUAUAGAAAUUAAUGCCCUGAUGGCUUAUAUUUUAGAUUCUGGCUAAUUCCUAAGUACACACCUAUAAUGAUAAAACUAGACCCUUGUCUAUCCUUUGCUCUUUUAAAAUGCUGAAAUAUUCUCAUUUCUACAAUUAAACUAAUCGUUAGUACAAAUAAAAGCUUUGAAAAUUG